AUGACAACAGUCAAGACCUUACUCGCUGUAUCUGCUGAUGGAGUCUUAGACAGCUUGAUAUCUCCAACGCUUUUCCAAAUGGCUGAUCACACCUUAUUCAUUCGGAAUGUUGCUAGCAAAUAUGUUGCUGUCUUAGUUUAUGUGGAUAAUAUUAUACUUGCCAGCAAUGAUGAUGAUGAGGUAGCCAAACUAAAGUCUGAUCUACAGGCUGCUUUUAGACUUUGUGAUCUCGGCCCUCUGAAGUAUUUUCUUGGAUUGGAAAUAGCUCGUUCGAGCAAAGGCAUCUCUGUGUGCCAACAGAAGUAUAUUUUGGAGCUUCUUGACAAUUCAGGACUUUUGGCUUCCAAACCAUCUAAUGUUCUGAUGGAUCCAAAUGUCAAGCCUUGCCAGGAUUCUUCAGAACCUGUACUUGAAGACAUUCAUGCUUACCGAAGACUUGUUGGUCAGCUUAUGUAUCUCACUAUCACGAGACCGGAUAUCACAUAUGCUGUCGACAGAUUGUGUCAAUUUGCUUUUUCAUCAAAGAACUCGCAUCUCCAAGCUGCUUACAGAGAUUUACGAUAUUUGAAGGGCACGAUUGGUCUUGGUUUAAUUUGUUCUAUUCAGUGA